AUGCUGCAAGCUACAAAUUCAUCUUUCCUGGUGGAGGCAGAUUUGAAGGAGUACUGUUAUCCUGAGUCUAAUCUGUCUUGUGUAAAAAGCUCUUACAGUGUAACCUCUAGAUCUGUGUUAUAUGUUUUACUGGUGUUGGCGAUGUCAGUGACUAUUCUGGGGAACUCAGUGGUCAUUAUUUCCAUUGCGCAUUUCAAGCAACUGCACACACCCACCAACAUGCUGGUGAUGUCUCUAGCCCUGGCGGACCUGUUGCUGGGUGUGAUUGUUAUGCCGUUCAGCAUGAUCCGAUCUGUGGAUGGGUGCUGGUACUACGGAGAAGCCUUCUGCUUAUUGCACUCUAGUUUUGACAUUUUCCUCACCUCUGCAUCUAUUUUCCACCUGAUCUGCAUUGCAAUAGACCGAUAUCAGGCUGUGUGCCAUCCGCUUCAGUACCCAACAAGAAUAACCAUACCUACUGCAUGGCUGAUGGUAGCUCUGAGCUGGAUUACAGCCGCAGUGUAUUCCUACGGUCUCAUGUAUUCAAAGGCAAAUGUAGAAAGUCUAGAUGAGUACAUUGAAUCAAUAUUUUGCAUGGGAAGUUGUAACCUUUUGUUUAAUGCACUGUGGGGGCCUCUGGAUGUAUUGUUAUGUUUUCUUUUGCCUUGCACAGUCAUGUUUUGCUUGUAUGCUCAAAUUUUUUUGGUUUCAAAAAGGCACUCGAGGAAAAUCGAGGGAACAAAGCAGAGCAAAAAUGAGACGAGCUUAAACAGGGUUUCUCAAAGCAUGAAACGUGAGAACAAGGCAGCGAAAACCCUCGGCAUUGUUGUAGGUACAUUCAUUUUUUGCUGGAUGCCGUUUUUUGUCAACUCUCUAAUUGAUCCUUACAUUAACUUCUCCACUCCUGUGGUACUUUUUGAAGUGUUUGUCUGGUUGUGUUACAUUAAUUCAACUUUAAAUCCCUUAAUAUACGGCCGCUUCUCCCCAUGGUUCAGGAAAUGUCUCUAUCUCAUUGUUACACUGAGAAUAUUUGCUCCUCAUUCCUCUGACACUAAUGUCAUUGCAGCUUGA